AUGGCGAACAAGACACAGAUUAUCCUGUUCGGAGACCUAACCUGCGAUGCCGUGACUGCGCUGCGUUCGCUUGUCAAUAUCAAAGAUAACCCUCUUCUGGUCUCGUUCUUCGAAAGGGUUGCAUUUGCGUUGCGCGCCGAGAUUGGAUCUCUGCCCUACCUUCAGCGUGAUGGUUUUGUUGGGUUCACCCAUUUCGCAGAGCUCCUUACCAAGACUAGAAAGUCGACUGCUAGGCCUCAUCCGGCAAUAGAGAAGGCUUUAGUCUGCACUUAUCAGCUUGCUUGUUUCAUCAACCAUUAUUCGGCGACGAACCAGCCAUAUCCGUCAUUUCAGGAGACUCGCUUGGUUGGUCUCUGCACUGGAUUGCUCUCCGCAGCAGCAGUCGGUUGCUGUAGGACCUUGACAGAGUUGAUUCCGCUUGCUGCACACACCGUGCUCGUGGCGUUCCGCAUAGGGCUCUGUGUCUCUGAAGUGCGUGACCGCAUUGACCCUUGGAAUAAAAACCAAGCCCCUUGGUCAGUGUUGAUUGCCGGGCUCCAAGGCGACACCGCUGUGCCUCUGUUAGCGAGGUUCAAUGAAGAUAGGGGUAUUCCAGCCGCGUCAAGGGCCUACAUCAGCACCUACGCCAAAACUGGGGCGACGAUAAGCGGGCCUCCUUCAACAUUGAAGGAUCUGCUCGGAUCAGAGUAUCUGCCCAAGGCAAGCUCGCUUAAAAUCCCAAUCCAUGGCCCGUAUCACGCCGCUCACCUGUACGGAUUGAAGGAUCUGGAUGGCAUCGUGGAGCACACUUUGCGGACUGAGUUUGCAGCGUAUCAGCAGCAAAUUCCCAUUAUCUCCAGUAAUGUCCGGCAAUGUUCUACUGAAGUGGUAACGUUCGGAAAACUUCUCACGAAUUUCCUCGAAGAAAUCUUGCUGCAGCCGCUUCGCUUUGAUAGAAUCCUUGCCACGCUUACUGGGGACGAGACUGUCAAUUCGAGACCGGCUUGUGUCAUUCGACCAGUCGCCACCUCUGCCAGCGCGAGCUUUGCCGCCGCACACAAGAAGAAUGGGCUAGAUGUCACUGUUGAUCCAUGCAUCACAAUUUCUGCUGACGGGGUCAAGGUGGAUGGGCUACCGUCAGGAAGCGGCCAUUUGGCUCAUUCGAAGCUGGCCAUCAUCGGGUUUUCCGGACGCUACCCGGAUGCGAAAGAUAACGAAGAGUUCUGGCAGAUCCUGCAUGAAGGGCGCGAUGUCGUGGAUAUAGUUCCGAGCAAUCGGUGGGACGUCAAGACGCACGUUGACCCUACGCUGAAAAGGAAAAACACCAGUGGCACCCCUUACGGGUGCUGGCUGAAGGACCCCGGUUUCUUCGACGCAAAAUUCUUCAACCUGAGCCCGCGGGAAGCACCUCAGGUAGAUCCAGCUCAACGACUCGUGUUGAUGACCACGUAUGAAGCCAUGGAGAAUGCGGGACUUGUUCCGGACGCCACUCCUUCGACGCAGUCGGACCGCAUUGGGGUAUUCUGCGGCAGCACGAGCAAUGACUGGGGUGAGAUCAAUAGCUCUCAAGAUGUUGAUACUUAUUACAUCCCCGGAUCAUGCCGUGCAUUCAUCCCGGGAAGACAGAACUUCUUCUUCAAAUUCAGCGGGCCGAGUUACAGUGUUGACACAGCAUGCUCUUCCGGCUUAGCUGCACUCCAUCUUGCUUGCAAUGCGCUGUGGCAGGGGGAUAUUGACACUGCUAUAUGUGGUGGAACCAACGUCUUAACGAACCCAGAUAUUACAGCAGGGUUAGACCGUGGCCAUUUUCUUUCCAGGACAGGAAAUUGCAAGACCUUUGAUGAUGGCGCGGACGGUUACUGCAGAGGGGAGGGCGUCUGCAGCCUGGUCGUGAAGCGACUCGAAGAUGCGCAGGCUGAUAAUGACCCAAUCGCCGGCAUCAUCAUGGCUGCAUAUACAAAUCAUUCCGCGGAGGCAGAGAGCAUUACCCGGCCUCAUGCCGGCGCUCAAAAGGCCAUUUUUGAGAAGGUGCUCACCUCUGCCGCAGUCGACCCGUUCAGCGUUGGAUACGUGGAGAUGCACGGGACGGGAACUCAAGCAGGCGACGCUCGUGAGAUGGAGUCGGUUCUGUCCGUUUUUGCGCCUAGCACCGGCGCACCUCGCACGGAUGAGCAGCGGCUAUUCUUGGGCUCAGCGAAAUCAAAUGUCGGACACGGUGAAUCUGUCUCUGGGCCAAUUGCUUUGAUCAAAGCCUUGAUGAUGAUGGAACGAAACGAGAUACCUCCUCAUUGUGGAAUCAAGACCAAGAUAAACUCCGGAUUUCCUAAAGACCUGAAAGAGCGCAACGUUUAUAUUUCAGACACGUCUCUCCCGUGGCCGCGCCCAAAAGACGGAGUACGUCGGGUCAUGGUCAACAACUUUUCAGCGGCUGGCGGCAACAGUUCAGUGCUCAUCGAGGAUGCCCCCGUCAGGGAGAGGAUCGAAACGGUUGACCCUCGCUCGACGCAUGUCGUCGCAGUCUCUGCUAAGUCCAGCACAGCGCUCGUUGGCAAUAUCAAGGCGCUAUUGGCAUAUAUUGCCGAUGCGAAGCCAUCCCUAGCAAACCUGUCCUACACGACCACGGCCCGCCGCACACAUUAUCCAUUCCGAGCUCUCGUCAGUGGGUCAGAAAUGGCAGAGGUCUAUGCCAAGUUGGAGAGUAAACUAACGUCUCCUUCUUCUCAAACGCGGACAAGAGCCGUCCAACCUGUUGCGUUUGCUUUCACCGGCCAGGGAUCCCAGUAUCUAGGCAUGGGUCGAGUGUUGCUCAGGCUCAGUGCUUUCAGAGCCGAACUUCAGCGGUUCAAUGCAAUGGCUGAGAGUCAAGGGUUUCAGUCAUUCCUGCCACUCAUUGAGCAGUGCGGUGGAGAUAUUGGUGAUUUUGAGCCGCUUGUAGUCCAAGUUGGAACGGUCUGCAUCCAGAUAGCGCUGGCGAGACUCUGGAAGUCCUGGGGCAUCAAGCCCUGCGCUGUCGUUGGCCAUAGCCUAGGCGAAUACGCUGCAUUGAACAUGGCCGGGGUUUUGUCUGAAGCAGCCACUAUUUUCCUGGUGGGUACAAGGGCUCAGUUACUCCAGGAACAAGUUGCACCAAACACACAUGCAAUGCUUGCUAUCAGGGCUGAAUUUGCUGAGAUCGAGCAGCUUUGCGAAGGUCUAGAAUAUGAAGUCGCCUGCAAGAAUGCGCCUUUGGAAACCGUCUUGAGCGGAACCAACGAACAAAUCGACGCAAUCCACCAAGCACUAUCCCAGGGAAAAGUCAAGGCGACAAAGCUUCGAGUUCCCUAUGCGUUUCAUUCCUCGCAGAUGCAACCCAUUAUUGAGCAGUUCAAGAGCGCUGCACAAGUUAUCAAUUUUCAUGAACCCAAAGUGCCGGUCCUCUCGCCGUUGCUCGGAGAAGUACUCACUACACAAGAUUCUCUUAGUCCGGCAUACCUUGCGCGUCAUUGUCGGGAGACUGUCAACCUUGUUGAAGCUCUAAAAGCCGCAAAGACGAGUGGGAUUGUAAACAACGCAAUCUGGAUUGAAAUCGGUGCUCAUCCGGUCGUUUCGAACCUCCUGAAAGCCAAUCUGGACCCGGCCAAACCAGCAACCAUUUCAACUCUCCAACGUAAUAAAAAUCCAUGGCAGACUUUGUCAGCAAGCAUGGUAACCCUUUACGAGUCAGGCAUCAACAUUAAAUGGAGCGAAUACCAUCGCGACUUCAAAGAUAACCUCUCGGUCCUUCGCCUUCCGGCUUAUUGCUGGGAUUUGAAGGAAUAUUGGAUGCAGUAUGUGAACGACUGGUGUUUAUACAAAGGUGAUGCGCAGUUCCUUCAGAACAAGAACUUCCCCACCACAUGCGUGCAUAGAUUGAUCGAAGACACGAACGACGGGACGAAGAUGCUGCUGGUUGGCGAAACGGAUAUCCUGCGAGACGAUGUUGAUCCCUUCGUUCGCGGCCAUCGGGUGAACAAUGUGGCACUUGUGACACCGUCCAUAUAUGCCGAAAUGGCGCUCGUGCUUGGUGAGCAAAUACGCAGUAGAAUACCAGACCUUUCACAAUCAAUGGUGGACCUCCAGCAUAUGGAUGUUCAACGUCCGCUCGCGACAAAGGGCAAGGGCAAAGGCCCGCAACUCCUCCGAUGCCGCGUUGAGCUUGACCUCAGCACCAAGAAAGCAAUAGUGGAGUUCUGGAGCGUGACCCCCGAAGGCGAGAACUUGGUGAGACACGCGGAGGCAAGUAUGGUUUUCCCGAAUAAGAAGGAAGCCCACGAAGCGGCGCGGCGGACGGCCAAACCGAUUCUGGCACAGAUGGCCAGUCUUGCUAAGCGAAUUGAGACUGAUGAACGGGUGCAAAAGCUCACUGGAAACACUGGGUAUCAGCUCGUGGCAUCCUUGGCUUCAUAUGAUCCUGAAUACAAAGGGGUUUCCGGUGUCGUGCUCGACAGUGCGAACCUUGAAGCUGUGGCGACUGUCAAGUUUAACAACCCUAGGCAAGGAGGGAUAUAUCAUAUUAAUCCUUACCUUAUUGACAACUUCGGGCAGCCCGCGCUCUUUAUCAUGAAUGCGAAUGACCAAGCCGAUCUAAGCAAAGAGGUGUUUGUCAAUCAUGGGUGGAAGUCUCUCCACACAUAUAAGCCACUAUCGAUGGACAGAGUUUAUCGGUCACAUGUGAAGAUGACAGGGCCUCAUGAGGACGGUAUGUAUAGUGGUGAUAUGACGGUUUUUGAAAAAGAUGAUGUUGUUGCGGUCUAUAAAGGCAUCAAGGCGCAAGGCGUUCCACGCAGGCUCAUGGAUUACAUUGUCCAUAUGAGAGAUGAUAACAAUGCGCAAGCAAACGCCCUACAUGUCAAUGAUCAAAGUGCCACACCAGGAGGACCUACCGUGGCUGACACCAAAACAGCAAACAGUUCGGACAGCUGGCAAGCCGCUCUGAAAAUAGUAUCUGAAGAGAGCGGCAUUCCCGUCCAGGAACUGCUGCCGGACGCGGCAUUCGACGAUAUGGGAGUCGACUCAUUGUUGUCUCUGCUCUGCGCAAGCAGAUUCCGUGAGGAACUUGGCCUGCAUUAUGAAGCAUCCAUCUUUUUAGAGUGUACCACUGUGAAGGAUCUCGAGACAUUCUGGAAGAAGGGAGCACCCGAGCCGAAGACCAUCGGAGGACGUGAUGCAAUACUGAAUUCCAUGAUCUCGGAUACCCGAGUUAAGGACGACAAAGAGAGUGGUGAACCACAGUCCCCAGGCUCAAGCUCUUACGAAGCCUCCUCCAAGAGCACGGGCAUCACCAGUGCGAGCGACUCGCCCAAGGUCGCUGCGACUUCUCUUCUCCUGCAGGGAAACCCUGCUCUUCCGACCACGGCCAAGACGCUCUUCUUGCUGCCAGACGGCUCAGGGUCCUGCUCGUCCUACGCCGCGCUACCUCGCAUCAAUGACUCAAUUGCCAUUGUCGGUAUGAACUGCCCUUUUAUGAAGAUUCCGGAGCAGUACAACUGCGGGAUUGACACGGUGUCGGCGUUGUAUAUCGAAGAGAUCCGCCGGCGUCAACCGCAAGGACCCUACGCCCUCGGUGGAUGGUCGGUCGGGGGUAUUUUCGCCUACCACGCUGCAAAACAGCUGGUAUCUGAUGGCGAAGUGGUUACCGACCUCAUACUCAUUGACUGCCCGGUGCCACGAGGCCUGGAUCACCUCCCUCGACGGUAUUACGAGUACUGCGAUAAAAUCGGGCUCCUAGGCGAGGUCAAGGUCAACGGGAUCAGGAAAGAUCCACCAAAGUGGCUGAUCUCGCAUUUUGAAGCGUGCGUAAAUAGCCUUCACGAUUAUUGGGCUUCCCCUUUUGUUCCCCCAUCGGCAGCUCCAAGGACGCAGGUUAUCUGGGCGUCCAACGCGAUUGACAAACAUUGCGAGCCCAGGUUCGAACGGAGACCGGAUGAUCCUGAAGGCUUGAAGUUUCUCACGGAGGCGAGGACAGAUUUUGGGCCUUGCGGCUGGGAGACUUUGCUCCCGGAAGAUAGGAUGGACUUUGCUCGGAUUUCUGAUGUGAACCAUUUCAGUAUGAUGCGGGGAGAGGGCGCGAGGACCAGCAUAUUCGAGGCCAUGGUCGAGAUCCAGAGCAAUGAAAUACAAGUGGUGCUUAAUAGAUUGAGAGGAAAAGAAACGGAAUUCCGUGUCAACUUACAUUACUCCGCUGCUUUUCCUGCGCCUUUUGUUCCAAUGUGCUUCACCGACGAGACUGAGAAGCAGUUCUUUGACGAUUGGGUUGACAAGGUCAUCCAGCUGCCACCAGAGGACCCCAACACGCCAUCAGCAUCCGCCUGGAGACUGGAAUCUAAGUUAGCAGACAAACACAGUCAACUCACGGCCGAGGACUACAAUGAACCUGGAAUCGGGCAGUGGGUACCAAGCGGAGCAUACGGCACAUUCCUUUGCCAGAAUGUUCAUGAUCCGGAUGAUACUGCUGUUAUGCAUAUUAUCAUGCAGAUACCAUACGCCGGAUCGCAGUACACCCUUCCCGCGGAACGCAGACGGCAGGCAACCGACACGCUUACCACCAUCGGGCGGCGCGCAAGAGGUACGCAGUUGAACGGGAACCUAUUCUGGUCCCUCUGUCGCGAGGAGCGCGACGAGAUCCGAGACGCCUUUCGAGUAUCAUGGGUGCAGUGCAUCAAGGCAGGUGUGGACCCUGCGCAAGGCAGAAUGGACCAUCUAUUCUGGGACAAAGCGUCCUCGAAGCUUUCCAUCGCCGGCUUCAGGGACUCUGCCCCUGUGGAGCCUGUCGCCGAGUGGUCAGAUGUUGAGUGGAUUAUGUGGUUCCUUGCAAUUCCUCCGAAGACUUAUAGAUGGGAAGAAGAAGAGAAUCCGCAUCCUGACAAGAGCCAGUGGCGUUUAUGA